GUUCAAUCGUCUUUACCGGACAUUUUCAGGAACGCGACUUCUAUGGAAAAUAUCCCUCCGAGGAAUUUCUAUUGAAAGUUAUGCCUCAACUCACCGCUUUGGAAGUGGUGCGCUUCGUCAAUCUCAUGAACGGACUUCCAUCCUACUUCGUCGAGGCCAUGCUUCUCGCUCCACAACUGACUGCAAUACAUGUUUCUGGUCACUGUCGUUGGCCGAGGACCUACUGGCAAUCUCUCGAAGAGUCGCCUGUCAUUCCGUCUCAUAUGAAGGAAUUUACGUGGAUGUUGAAAGUUCCUUUAGAAUCUAUGCGUUACCAGGAGCUGCUUACAUCUUCUUGGCCUUGUCUCUCCGAACUUUCGCUUAUUGGUCAAAGUCCCCCGGCGCACUCGACAGCCAACGUGGACUUUGCCCCGCUUUUCUUCAAUAUCCCUUCCCUUCAAAUAUUUACCAUCCUUGUCCCGCAAUGCGCAUACCUGUCGCGGAUUACUCUCCUGCUGCCUUCGGCUACCAACUCCUACCCUGCCCUCGAUUCACUUCGGAGCUUAAAGAUCUCCUUUCCUGACCCGAAGGACAUCAUCUUCGAUCGUCUUCCUGAGUCACUGCAUCACCUAUCCCUUACCGACUGGCCCCGCCAUUAUCUCCAUGUCGACGAGGGCGCCAUCGUCCGUAGUCUGCAUUGGACAUCACCCAUUUUGACAUCGUCGGAGCUUCACGAUAUACUUCGUCGCUGCCGUUGUUCCGCCCUGGAGAGUUUGGAGGUAGUAUAUAAGGAAGACAAUAGUGAUGGUGAUGUUUUACUUCACAUGGCGCACGUAUUUCCUGCUCUACGCACACUCAAGAUUUUUCGAUAUCGAUGGUCCAGUCAUGAUCUUGUGGACAUAAAGGCCAUCAGACGCUCUCUCUCCCACCUGACAGAGCUGCGAACCCUCUUCAUUCACAUUGACAUGGACGGCGCGUCUAUGCCUGCACAAUGGGAGGAACGAAAAGCACGAAUCCGUGGAAUGGAAUAUCGUGCUUCGCUGGGCGAUCUCGCCCAAGCCCUCGUUGAAGGGCUCGCUCCCAGUCUCGAGCAGAUAUACAUGCUUGAACGUUGGCCGAUGGGUGGGACUUCGAAUUGGAAGCCGUGGGAGGUCAUACGAGAGAUCGACGAGGGGGAGGUGAGAACGAUCUGUAGGAAGGUCGAUGGUCGUAACUUGCGGGAGCAAUCCGAUAAGUAA